AUGGACUCAACGCAAUCAACCCAUGUGCAAGCCCCCGCUUCUACCUCCUCCAUCGCAGCCAACAUGUCAUCUUUCGCUCCCUCAGCCACUCUCCCUAGCACAGUCUCUCAACCUGCCAACCCAUUCGGCAACCCUUCGCAAACAAAUCAAACCCUCGCCGCUCCCUUGCAAAAUACCUCGUUUGGCGUCGUUCAACCCAUUCUCCCUCAAGGCCAACCACUAGCCCAGGGAUUGAACCAUUCCUCCACCUCAACAUUUCCAGUCGCAUCACAGGGUAUCAAUCCCGAUACCAUCCCACGAUCGGAAACAGUACCCGGCACACAACCCGCCACAGAUGUCUACCCGCACCAAGUUCAUAGCCUAGGCGGUCCCAAAGCGACCGCACCAUUCCUUCAGGACUUUAAUCUCGUCGCCGAGGCUGCCAAGCGGGCGCAAAUGGGGAUCGUCAUGCGUGACCUGGAAAGUGUGACCCUGUAA